AUGGCGCGCGCCGCAAAGGAGGAGGCUGAGGCAGAAGGUGCUGCUCAGCGGGAGCAGAUCAAGAAAGCCGUCAACGCAGCCAAGGAUGAAGGCUUCCCUACUGAUUUAGAGGAGAAAGAAGCUUAUUUCAUGAGUCAAGUCGCCAAAGGAGAAAGCCUGUGUGCCGAAGGCUCGGAUAACAUUGAAGCUGCCCUCGCUUUCUACAAGGCUCUUAGAGUCUAUCCCCAGCCGAAAGAUCUCAUUUCGAUAUACGAUAAGACCGUGCCUAAGGAUGUUUUGGAAAUUCUUGCCGAAAUGGUUGCUCUGGACAGUGGAUUGAAGCUCGGCUCCUUCACCACUGAGAGUGGUGGCCCUGACAACCACGGCGUGGAAUAA